AUGCGUCCCUCAUCGAAAGCCAAAAACAUGCUGUACGUAGCCGAGAGCACAUCGAUUCCCCUCCCAAGACUAUUCACAGCAUACACGUACGAGCCUCUAGACCGAGAUAUUUGCCGACUUCGCGAGUGUCUAGUGGGUACGCACAAAGUUGCCAAGUAUAUCAUCGCGGUAAAUCUCAAAGCUGCUAAUCAACUUACGAACAAAGGCCAACUUGCUCAGCGUACCAGUAACUGCACUUGGAAAUCCUCGGACAUUUUAUCAAGUAAAAAGAUGACGUGUAAAACCAAGUGA